AUGGAGAACGCCUCUAAACGACCGCUCCUGGCGCCGGCGGAGGACGAGCAGGCGGAGCCGGAACUGUCGGUGCAGGACUACCUCGUCUACCGGUGGUCGACCCACUCCUUCGUCACCUCCCACUCCUUCAUUACCUCCUUCGUUGACGAUGGUGACGACAUCCCUCCGAUCUCCAGCGCCCGCCAGUUCUCCAAAGCAUUCGCACGGGAGUCCAAGAAGCUGUGGUAUCUGGCCGGCCCCGCCAUCUUCACCUCCCUCUGCCAGUACUCGCUCGGCGCCAUCACCCAGACCUUCGCCGGCCACGUCGGCACCCUAGAUCUCGCUGCCUUCUCCAUCGAGAAUUCUGUCAUCGCCGGACUAUCCUUCGGUGUUAUGCUGGGAAUGGGAAGCGCUCUGGAGACCCUGUGCGGGCAGGCGUACGGCGCUGGGCAAGUAGAUAUGCUGGGAAUAUAUAUGCAGCGGUCGUGGGUGAUCCUACUCUGCACCGCCUUCAUCCUCAUGUUCCUCUACAUCUUCGCGCUGCCUUUCCUGCUGCUGAUCGGGCAGACGGAGGACAUCUCACGCGCCGCCGGCAAAUUUGCCAUCUGGAUGAUCCCACAGCUCUUCGCCUACGCACUCAAUUUCCCCAUCGCCAAGUUCUUGCAGGCGCAGAGCAAGAUCAUGGCCAUGGCCUGGAUCUCAGCAGUGGCCCUGGUGCUCCACGUUUUCUUCAGCUGGCUGCUUAUGCUGAAACUCGGGUGGGGGAUGGCUGGCGGCGCGUUGGUCCUAAACGCGUCUUGGUGGUUCAUAGUGCUGGCGCAGCUGGCCUACAUAUUCUGCGGCGCGUGCGGGAGGACGUGGACUGGGUUCUCGCGGAGGGCUUUCCAGAAUCUCAGGGGUUUCGUCCGAUUAUCUCUUGCCUCCGCUCUCAUGCUCUGCUUAGAGACGUGGUAUUUCAUGGCACUGGUCUUAUUUGCUGGGUAUUUGAAGAAUGCUGAGGUUGCAGUUGAUGCUUUAUCCAUAUGCACAAACAUAGUAGGGUGGACAGUGAUGGUAGCCAUUGGAUUCAAUGCAGCAAUCAGCGUAAGAGUGUCUAAUGAAUUAGGGGCAGAUCAUCCUCGGACAGCCAAGUUUUCUGUACUUGUGGUGGUGGUAUCUUCAUUCCUAAUCGGCCUCCUUAUUGCCGGCUUUCUUCUCAUCUUCCACAACCAAUAUCCUUCAUGGUUCUCCAACAGUUUGGAAGUCAAGGAAAUCGUGUACCAGCUCACACCUCUCCUAGUUUUCUGUAUUGUGGUCAACAAUGUCCAACCUGCUCUUUCAGGUGUGGCUAUUGGGGCAGGAUGGCAAGCUUUGGUUGCUUACGUCAAUAUUGCAUGCUACUAUCUGUUUGGAAUCCCAUUGGGUCUUAUACUUGGUUAUGCAGUUAACAUGGAUGUUAAAGGCAUAUGGUAUGGGAUGGUGGCAGGAACACUUGUACAGACGCUGUUCCUCUUUUUGAUCGUCUACAAAACUAAUUGGCAGAAAGAGGCUUCUGUGGCAGCUCUAAGGAUCAAGAUGUGGGGAGGAGAAGCAGAUUCUAAAGCAAAUGACAUCGAAAAAUAA